AUGUCAUCUCAAAAUAUUUCAGCAAAAAACAUUUCUGAAUUUGUGAUUUUGGGGUUUGAAACUGUGGAGCAUAAACUGGCCAUUGGAGUUGUUUUGCUGGUGGUGUAUAUUGUAGUGAUGCUUGCUAACACUGCAAACAUAUGGUUUAUUGCCAAGGAUAAGCAUUUGCACCAACCCAUGUACAUCUUCAUUUGCAACCUGGCUUUGGUGGACAUGAUGUACAGCAGCAGUGCCUGUCCAAGUAUGAUAGGUGUCCUUAUAGCUGGUUAUAAAGCUAUAUACUAUAUCCCUUGUGUUCUUCAAAUGUGUGCUUUCAAUGUAGGUAGUGUUAUGGAAAUGUUUGCAAUUGCCCUCAUGGCAUUGGAUCGUUUGAUUGCCAUAAGCAAUCCUUUACGUUACCACUCCAUUUUAAACACCACUCGUACUGUUGUCAUUUCUGUGUUGCUGUGGUUGGUCGCCGGUGCUAUUUUGACUGUCAUCCCAGCUACUGUGCUCCCUCUGCCCUUCUGUUCAUCAAAUAUCCAGUACAUUUUUUGUGAAUAUGCAUCUCUCAUCAGGGCCACUUGCGUAAACCCAAAUCCAUAUUUUAAUAUGAUAUCCACUCUAAGCUUUGUACUGCUGUUUGGAACAUUCAGUUUCAUCUGUCUGUCCUAUAUAAGGAUAAUAAUGGCUGUUAUAAGAAUGACCUCAAAAGGUGACAAGAAGAAAAUGUUUCAUACAUGCUUUAGUCACUUAAUAGUAAUAGUUUGCUUUUAUGCUCCGAUGUUCAUACGAAUUGUCUUGACCCGGAUUGGUGUGAUUUUAACAUUAGAGGAACGCAAUGGCCUAAUGGUAGGAGCCAUUCUUGGCCCUUCUUUAGUAAAUCCUUUCAUAUACUGUUUUAGAACCAAAGAGAUCAGAAACAAAAUAUUUAGAAUAAUGUCAAAAAUUGCACCUGAUUAA